UGCAAUGACUACUGCCGGCCUGGGAAUCAGAAGAAAAGGAAGGAAGGGCAGAAAUUUUGCUGCUAUGAUUGUACUCCAUGUACAGAAGGGAAGAUUUCAAACCAGAAUGACAUGGCUGACUGUUUCAGAUGCCCAGAAGAUCAGUAUCCAAACAAGAAGAAAAAUAGAUGCAUCCCCAAAACUAUAAGCUUUCUUUCUUAUGAGGAACCUUUAGGGAUCAGCUUAGCCUGUGUUGCUCUUUCCUUUUCCCUCAUCACAGCUUUGGUGCUAGGAACCUUUAUCCAACACAAAGACACUCCCAUUGUCAAAGCCAACAACAGGGAUCUCACCUACGCUCUCCUCAUUGCCCUUCUACUCUGCUUCCUCUCACCUUUUCUGUUUAUUGGACUCCCUGGCAAAGUGACCUGCCUUCUUCGACAACCAACUUUUGGCAUCGUCUUCUCUGUGGCUGUUUCUUGUGUGUUGGCCAAAACCAUCACGGUAGUUGCAGCUUUCAUGGCCACCAAGCCAGGCUCCAGCAUGAGGAAGUGGGUAGGGAAAAAACUGACCAACUCCAUUGUCCUUUUCUGCUCUGUCAUUCAAGUGAUUCUUUGUAAUGUGUGGUUGACUAUUUCUCCCCCAUUUCCUGCUCUGGACAUGGACUCAGUAGCAGAAGAAAUCAUUGUGCAAUGUAAUGAAGGCUCAGUGACCCUGUUUUACUGUGUUCUGGGCUACAUGGGCAUCCUGGCCAUUGCCAGCUUCAUUGUGGCAUUUGCAGCUCGCAAAUUACCAGACAUUUUCAAUGAAGCCAAAUUCAUUACUUUCAGUAUGUUGCUGUUUUGCAGUGUUUGGCUUUCUUUUGUUCCAACCUAUCUGAGCACCAAAGGAAAAUCCAUGGUGGUGGUGGAGAUCUUCUCCAUCUUGGCCUCCAGUUCUGGGUUACUGGGCUGCAUCUUUGCCCCUAAAUGUUACAUCAUUGUUCUGAGGCCUGAGCUGAAUAACAGGGAGCAACUGAUAAGGAAAAAUAUGUAA